AUGAUCGCCCAGUUCACCUGGGCAGACCAGAGGACUUGGGACGAAAAGUGGCCGGAAUUGCAGUUGGCCGUGAACACAAGCGUGGCUGAAACCAUGGGAUAUUCGCCAGCUUUUGUUAAGCAAGGAAAAGAGCCCAGGUUACCCAACGCAUUGUACGACGAAGAGACAAUCAGCACCGGAAGGCAAACUCAAACUCCUGUCGAAAACGCACAGAAGCUGAAGGAAGUCUUCGAGCUGGUGAGGCGAAAUAUGAAAAAGGCAGCGCAGGAUCAGGCAUGCCACUACAAUCUCUGUAGACGCCAAUGGAAACCAAACAUCGGGAACACAGUCUGGGCCAAGGAACACCAUCUGUCCAAAGCUGCAGAAGGCUUCGCUGCGAAAUUGGCACUAAAGUACGAAGGGCCGUUUAAAAUAAUACAUUUUAAUUCGCCGGUGAUAUACAAUUGCGGCAUGUAA